CCCCCUCCUCCUAGGACAGGUAGUUUCAGGUCGGGGAGGAGGAAGAGGGCAGGGGUGUCCCUGGCUCCCACUGGGCCUUGGGGAGGAAACUGGAUCUCACAGGGCAGGUUAAGACCUCGAUCCCACCCCACCUCCUCCCUUCCUGUCCUUCAUCUCCAGCUGGCCCUAAUUGAGGAGUGGGAGGGGCCUUCGUGGGCUGGGAGGGGCCGGCACUCUAUGUUAGUGGGGAUCCCUUGAGCUCUCGCCCUUUCCCCACUCCAGACCAAAGAGAGACAGGAGCCUGGCCUGGGAAAGAGAAGUCAAGCUUUGCCACAACAAAGCUGUAUGAUCCUGAGCCAGUCCCACCCGCCUCUGGUCUCAGUUUCCCCACUUAUAAAAUGAAGAUACUGAACUAAGUGAUCUCGCAGAGCCCUGUCAGAUCCGACAUUCUAGUGAGGUGCUCAGGACACAGCCCCAGCCCCACCAUGCUCAUGGCUUCCACCAUCUCUGCUGUGCCUCGACCCCUCUCUCAACCUCUCCCACCUGGCAACAGCAGCAAGGAGAAGCCUGGGGACCCCCGGAACCAGCUGCUGGCUCAGGCGGAGCUGGCCCUGCUCUCCAUAGUCUUUGUGGCUGUGGCCCUGAGCAAUAGCUUGGUGCUGGGGGCCCUAGCACGGCGGGGCCGGCGGGGCCGCUGGGCGCCUAUGCAUGUCUUCAUCGGCCACUUGUGCCUGGCUGACCUGGUUGUGGCUCUGUUCCAAGUGCUGCCCCAGCUGGCCUGGGAUGCCACCGACCGCUUCCAAGGGCCUGAUGUCCUGUGCCGGGCUGUCAAGUACCUGCAGAUGGUGGGCAUGUAUGCCUCCUCCUACAUGAUCCUGGCCAUGACGUUAGACCGCCACCGUGCCAUUUGCCGCCCCAUGCUGGCAUACCGCCAUGGAGGUGGAGCUCACUGGAACCGGCCAGUGCUGGUGGCCUGGGCCUUCUCUCUUCUUUUCAGCCUGCCCCAGCUAUUCAUCUUUGCCCGGCGUGAAGUGGAAGACCGCAGCGGGGUCAUCGACUGCUGGGCCCAGUUUGCCAAACCCUGGGGUCUCCGUGCUUACGUAACCUGGAUUGCCCUAAUGGUGUUUGUGGCACCUGCCUUGGGCAUUGCUGCCUGUCAGGUGCUCAUCUUCCGGGAGAUUCAUACCAGCUUGGUGCUGGGGCCAGCAGAGAGGGCCAGGGGGCGCCGAGGAGGGCGCCGGACAGGCAGGGAGGGAGCCCCUGUGUCAGCAGCCAUGGCCAAGACCGUGAGGAUGACGCUAGUGAUUGUAAUCGUCUACGUGCUGUGCUGGGCUCCCUUCUUCCUUGUGCAGCUGUGGGCAGCGUGGGACCCACAGGCACCUCUGGAAGGGCCCCCCUUUGUGCUCCUUAUGCUGCUGGGCAGCCUCAACAGCUGUACCAACCCCUGGAUCUAUGCCUCCUUCAGCAGCAGUGUCUCCUCAGAGCUGCGCAGCCUGCUCUGCUGCGCUCAGAGGCGCACCCCACCCAGCCUGGGGCCCCAAGAGGAGUCCUGUGCCACUGCCAGCUCCUUCCUGGCCAAGGACACUUCCUCCUGAGAAGCCAGGGGGCGCCUUCCUUCCAGAGGUUCCACAAAGCUCAGCUGCCUGCCAGGGCCUGGCCCUGGGACUCACUGGGAGAGGAGGGCCCACUGGGAAUUGGCUCCCAAUUGUGAGAGGCCCAGGAGGUCGGCCCCUUGGUGCAGGGUAUGGGGAGGGGCUGCUGCAGCAUGGUGGGGGCCCAUGGCUUCCACCUCAGUCAGUGCCUGCCUGGGAGAUGGAGGUCCUAGGGAACCCAGGAGGAAUGAAAGGGGGUGAGGCCAGGGACCUUCACCUCUCCAGUUCCCCUCUGCCUUCUUUCUCACUCUCUCCCUAAAAAUAAAAAUGUCAGCUUAUUUU